AUGCGAAUAGAUAUGAAGACUAUCACAUUUGUUACUGGGAAUGCCAAUAAAUUAAAAGAAGUUGUUGCCAUCUUGUCAGACAAGGUUGGUGAUUAUAAUAUCAUCAAUCAAAGUCUUGAUUUAGAUGAACUUCAAGGUACCAUUGAAGAAGUUACUAUUCAAAAAGCUAAAACUGCUUCCUCAAUCAUCGAUGGACCUGUUUUGGUAGAAGAUACUUGUCUUGGAUUCGAUGCCAUGAAUGACUUACCAGGUCCUUACAUCAAAUGGUUCGUUAAUAGUAUUGGUUUAACUGGAUUAGUUGAUAUGUUAUAUAAAUUCGAAGACAAGGGAGCUAAGGCAAUUUGUACCUUUGGAUACUGUGAACCAGGAAAGGAACCAAUAUUAUUCCAAGGUAUCACCCAUGGUACUAUUGUUGAUAGUAGGGGCCCAACCAACUUUGGAUGGGAUUCAAUCUUCCAACCAGAUGGUUUUAAAGAAACUUAUGCUGAAAUGGACAAGUCGGUUAAAAACACAAUUAGUCACAGAUUUAAAGCUUUAAGUAAACUUAAGGAUUAUUUAGCCGAAAAUUAA